AUGGGAGGAACAGUGUGUAAGGAGGAGGUGAAGGAGGAGAAGAGGAGGAGUGAGGACAGUCUGACGUCAGCCGACAGAAUCAGAAAACACACCGUCAAACAGUUUGGAUUCAACGUGCUGAGCCUGGCUCGCAGAGGCCUCAAGGAGGUCCCAGCUGAGUUGUGGGAGUUGUUGGAGUUGGAGAAGUUGAAUCUGUCUCUCAACAGUUUGAAGGUUCUUCCUCCUCAACUGGUUCAGCUCUCCAACCUGGUGGUGCUCAACCUGUGGGGCAACCAGCUGAGCAGUCUGCCGGCAGAGAUCGGACAGCUGAGGAGGCUCAGAGUUUUAUUCGCUUACAGAAACAGACUGACUGAAGUUCCAGAGGAGCUGGGAGCCUGCACACAGCUGGAGGUGUUGAGUCUAGCCAACAACCAGCUGUCCUCUCUGCCAGCGUCUCUGUCCAACCUCACCAGACUCAGGAAACUCAACCUCAGUCACAACCUCAUCGCUCACAUCCCGGGCUGCGUCUACAACAUGAAGGCUCUGGUGUUCCUCCACCUGGCCUGCAACCGCCUGGAGAGCCUGGCCGAGAACAUCCAGGCUCUGGUGGAGCUCAAGAUCCUCAUUGUGGAAGGAAACAGCCUCCACUCUCUGCCCAAGGCCCUCUGCCACCUCACCAGGUUGGAGUUGCUGAAUCUGGACUUUAACGACAUUAAAGACGUUCCACAGGAGAUGCACCAGCUGUCCCGGCUGGAGAAGCUGGCCUGCCAUCCUCUGGAUAAAGGACUCCACAUUCUCCACAACCCGCUGAUGAAGCCUGUGAAGGAGGUGCUGGAGGGGGGGCUCAGUGCCCUGUUCAACUACCUGAGGGCUGGGUAA